AUGGCGUCUUCCAAUGCUGCUGGCAGCUCUACGACAGUCCUUCCCGGGGACAGCGGCUGCAAGACCACUCCUCGCCGCCGUACUAAGUCAAGCGCUCAGCCUUUCGCGGCCAGCCCUGCUCUUGUAGCACGCGACACAGAAUAUCGCGAGAUGGCCAACGAGAUGAAGGAUGUUACAGUAGGCCCUAUGCCUUUCGACGACUUUCUCGCCCGCUACAUGCCGGCCCAUAAGCGUGUCCCGGGAGAGAAAUGGUUUCGUACCAAGUCGGAAGAGCUCCGGAACAUAGGUUACACGGAGGAUCAGUUCAUCACGGCCGUAAAGGACUCAGGACUCUGCCAGAAUCUGGAAUUCGUCAACACGACGACUCGUCCUGACCCGAAAUAUAGACCUGCAAGAAAGGUCGACAUCUCUGUAUACGCGAAGAAGGGCACCACACCUAAUUACUGCAACUGGAGUAAGAAUAUCCUCCCCGCAGAGCGUAAGGAAAAGCAACAGGACCCGUUUCGUGACACACCGGUCGGCGGGAAGGAUAAGGAUCGAAAGGAGCAGACAUUUUACAGAUGCACCGACGAGGCAAUGAAGACAUACGGCCAGGUCAUUUCGUACUGUGUUGCCAUGCGCGAAUGCCAAGACCGCACCCACUGCUUCGCUCUUCUCAUUCUAGGAAACCGAUACGUGCGCGUCCUCCGAUGGGACCAGGUCGGCGUCAUCGUCACCGAGCGGAUCGACGUCCUGGACCACCCUGAGAAGUUCGGUAAAUUCCUUUGGCUUUUUGACGGUCUUUCGGACAGCGAGCGCGGUAUAGACCCGACGAUAUCCCCAGCCACAAAAGCACACAAGGAUGCGGCUUGGGAGCUUCUUACUCAAAAGUUCGGUAUCCCGCCACACUCGAAGCAGAGCCUCCGCCAGUUCGAGGUUCGAGAUCCCACAUUACGCGAAACACGCAUCUACAUCGCCGGCAAUCCUCGUUGGUCCGUUCGCUCUCCCCUCGGCCGCGGUACUCGCGGCUUCUUUGCGUACGGUGUCACCGAAAAGCGUCUGGUAUACCUCAAGGACACUUGGCGUAUCGACACGCCCGAGUUCGAGCGCGAAGGUGAUACUUACCGACGGCUAAAAGAGAGGCUCAAAGCGUAUGAGGUGGAGCCCUUCGUACCCACGUUAUUGUGCGACGGCGACGUCCCUGGGCAAGCUACCAUUACGCAAGACUAUAAGGACGAGUGGUGGUGCUUCCGAACGGAGGGACUGCAACGCCAUCAGCAUUACCGCCUGGUGUUCCGCGAGAUCGGCCAUAAUCUGUGGGAGUUCAGGCAUAUCAAGGAGGUCUGUCAAGCUAUCUACGAAGCACUGCGAGUCCACCGGGUAGCUCUGGACCAAUUUGGAAUCCUUCACCGUGACAUCAGUCCUGGGAAUAUUCUCAUCGGCGAAGAUGGCCACGGCUUGUUGAUCGACUGGGAUCUUGCCAGGCAGGUGCCGAGACCCGGAAACACCCUCGAAGACGAGCAAGACGAAGUGGCUAUCAGGAAAUAUCUCAAACCCGGUUCAUCGUCCUCGGCUUCCUCUGCAGGUGACCUCGCGCCGACGCGCGCAUCUCGCUCCUCUUCCUCCAAAGUACGACACUUUGACGACGAAUACUGGUUUCCGGCCCUUACUCCUCUCCAUCGUCGACGUUUAUGCCGAUCGGGAGCCUGGCAGUUUAUAUCUGGUCUUCUUCUUAAGGAUCCUGCUAAGGAUCACGAGCGUGCUGACGACCUCGAAUCAAGUCUCUACGUCCUACUCUAUGUAGCUUUCCGGUAUCAAAAAAGCUCCCUGAGCGAUGAAGACCUCGCUACGGAGAUGGAAGAGCUCUUUGACAAAUUUCGUGUCACUCGAGGUGUCCAUUCCGGUGGCAAAGGCAAAGAGUCAUUCCUCAGCAGCAAGACCCUACCGCCCGAGGUCAUCACGGCGUCCUUUCCCGUCGCCCUUGCCCGCCUCAUUAACAAGCUUCGGACAGUAUUCGCCAAGCUCUACACUAGUCGUCCUGAGCAACUAGAUACUGUGGAUCAUGCGGAUAAGGAAGGCGUGCAGAAGCAAUGGGAGCUCUACAACGAUGACCAAAAACGAGCGAGAGCGACGCUCAGCACUUCAGACGAGGUCAUCGCGAUAUUCAAGAGAUUCCUAGAUAUGCCAGAUAGUGAUUGGGGGGAAGACCAGCCAUCCAAAGAUCGCCUUGAGCGACUGUGGAUAAGUGAAGAAACGGUGGACAACAAGCGUCAGCGUGAACAGUUGCAGGAGAUUCUGAUGGCCAAUAAGAAGAGGGCCACGGGGGCGGGAAUCCACAGUGGAUGA